UUGUAUAUGUCGAUGUUAUUUACAAGCCCCGGUGUUAUCAUGUCUUCAUGGUCAUGUGGGAUAGUCCGUCUUCUAUUGCGUUCUAUAUGAGCUCAUCCUCUUCUUGCGGAGAUAUUCCCAUUCGGGCAGAUGCUAUCAUGCCAUCAUCAAGACGACGGAUGCCGUCAAUAUACACAGUUAGACUUCAAAAAUGACGGAUCUUUCAAGUCACCAGGCCAGGCUCAGCCCGAUGGAACCUUCUACCCCCCAAGACGGGGGAUUCCCACUUUCUCGCCAGAAUCCCGACUCUCGUCAACUCAUCUCCUUCACCAUAUACACCACCAUCAUCUUGAAGAAGAUCAUCUUUAGAGUCCAUCAUAACAUUCAAAAUCAUAUCGCAAUGUCUGACGCUCCUAACAUUCCAUGGGAAAACCCCAGUACCGUCUUCGUGAACGAGGAUGGGCAACUGACUCCGCCUCCCAGCCCCGUUCUCAUCGCCAAUGCAGGGCUCACAAAUGGGGCAGAGUCGUCUGUCAAUAUGACAGACGGCGAUGUCUCAGACGAGAGCGAGACAUUGAGUUCUGACGGUGGGAGUCAGCUCGGGUUUGGCGUCCAGCCUAUGACUGGGGCCGUUGGUGACGAGAGUAGUGGAUUUGAGGACAGCGUGGGAGAAUCAUCUUACCAUCAAGGUCCGCCCCCCAACCUGAUCAUUCACACUGCCGCGGGUGAUCUUUACGCCCACCAGAAUGUCCUCUCUCAAAACGAGACAUUUUCUCGUCUUCUCAUUGACUCCCCGGCUACGCUCGACAUGAGGGACGAAUCUCCCUCCGCAGUGGAGAUCCUUGUCCGCUACAUCUACAAUCCUUUAACGUCAAUCAUCCUCCCCGACACGCCGAUCACGCACUUCUCCGAGGUCGCCCGUCUCGCAGAGGUGUUCGAAAUCUGGGACCUCGCCUACCGCGCCGAGCAAGCCAUCCCCCUCAGUCUCCCCGAGCGUACCCUCCCUGAGUUCAUCGCCGGAUUCAGAGACGCAUUUCUGGCGGAAGAGACAUCGGAAUCUAACCGCAACAUACAGCGCAUUUUCCUCGACGAAGCCUGCGUGAGGAUGUCUGCCCUUAUUGCCAACCUCGAGUUCAGGAACUUCUUGGACUCGCACCCUCUUCUGGCGGUUGAUAUCCUCCAGCGUCUGUAUAUGGGCCCGCCGCGCCCGCUCCCACAGUAUGUGUCACAGGCGUGUGAAAGGUGUCUGAAUGCUUGGUCGACAGUUUCACCUGGUGGGUUGCAGUACUGUCCGUUUUGUGGGUGGGGGCUGGGAAGUGAGGUUUAGAUAUAUCUCCCUUCUCUUGUUGAGGUCUUGGACGAUAUUACUGAUCGUGUAUUU